UCCCAUACAUAAUUCUAUAUGGUAAGAGUCCCAACCUUAAAACAACUGCAAAGCAGUGCUGUUUCCAUGGAUCGUUGGAAUGGUGUGUUCAAGGUUCAAUUACACCCAAACGCUGAAAAUUACUACAGAAUCGCAACAUCUCUCUGCUUUUCACUUUCCUUCAGAUCCCUAAUCGCGCCUUCGGCGAAUGCCAUAUUCUUCAACGGAGACAGAGUCCAAGGUACCAGAAACCCAGUGGUGGAGAGACUAUCGGAUCCGCAGAACAUAGCUGAGGUUUUGGCUUCUAAAUUCGGUGGCUCUGUUAAUGUUUGGAUCAUCGAGGCUUCCAUUUUCAACGGGCCGUUUGCCGUUUAUAAGGAUUUUAUUCCGUCGGUGAAUGGAUAUGGGAGCCUAAUCGUAUUCUCCUGUGGAUUCCCUGCCUCUGCCACAACUGUUUCGCUCUUAUCAAAUUGCCUUCAACAUGCAAAAAAUGCAAUUUCAAGUGAACCGAAGAAACCAAGCUCCGUUAGUUUAUCUUCAUUACAACCACCCAAAACCUUAAUUAUUGGUUUUAGCAAGGGUGGUACUGCAGUUAACCAGCUUGUUACCGAACUCGGUUCCUUGGAAGACGAUGCCCCGGUAAAUCCUAGCCGUGUAAGAGAACAGCAGCCUGGGGUUGAUGAAUUAUCUGUUGUCCAAGAAGAGAUUCAGAUGAUUCCGACCACGAAGGAAAGCUUAUUAAACAGCAUCACGGAGAUUCAUUACGUGGAUGUGGGCUUAAACUCUUCUGGCGCAUACAUCACUGACAAAAACGUGAUUGAAAGUAUAUCGAAGCGCCUCUUGGGUGGAGGAGCUCAGGGGAUUCGUUUUGUGCUGCACGGAACUCCGAGGCAAUGGUGCGACAGCAGGCGGACUUGGAUACGAGACGAAAAGGAAAGAUUGUAUCGUUUGCUUGAAUCAGAAGCUCAGAGAAGUGGUGGCAGAUUGAAGGUGUAUGAGAGAUUUUAUUUCGCCGAUAGGACUCCUGAUAUGCAGAUGCAUUUUGAAGUUAUUCAGAAAUGGAUGUUAGUUGAUUGCAUAGUGUGCACGUUUCUCUGUUGUUUAUGAUCAUGAGAAGAUGGGGUGUUGGUCUCUUUA